UAUCUUUCAUAAAUAACUAUCAAGAACAAAUGACGUAUCUUACUAUUAUUUGUGCCAUGAUCUUGUGGGCAUGUCCAUACGCUACCAUGUCAAAAACAUUGUAUGAAUCAUCUAUUGUUGAAGCACACCAACAAUGGAUGAUUAGAUAUGGUCGCACAUACACAAAUAGUUAUGAAAUGGAAAAACGAUUUCAGAUAUUCAAGAAUAAUUUGGAAUACAUAGAAAAAUUUAAUAAUGCUGGUAAUAAGAGUUACAGUUUAGGCCUAAAUCAAUUUUCUGAUUUAACUACCGAAGAGUUUAUGGCAUUGUAUACUAGAAAUAUAGUUCCAAGCCAACUUUUUAGCUCCAAAAUGAUAUCAAAUACAAUAUUAUUCAAUGUGAAUGAUCAAGUUCCAACAAAUCUUGAUUGGAGGCAGCAAGGAGCGGUCACCGAUGUCAAGCAGCAAGGCACUUGUGGAUGUUGUUGGGCUUUUACAGCGGUGGCAGCUGUAGAAAGUAUUGUAAAAAUCAAAACUGGAAGUUUAUUUUCAUUAUCAGAGCAACAAUUGGUUGAUUGUGAUAACAAGAGCAGAGGUUGUAUCGAUGGAUAUGUCCACACCGCCUUCGAAUACAUAAUACAAAAUCAUGGUAUUGUUAAAGAAACUGAUUAUCCAUACCAAGAAAAAAAACAAACCUGUCAAAUAAAUGGUAAUAUACAAUCCGCAGCUCAAAUAAGUAAUUGGAAAGCUGUAACUUCCAAUGAUGAAGAACAACUACAACAAGCAGUGGCGCAACAACCGAUAACAGUUCUUAUCGCUGUUGGUGAGGAAUUUUUUGCAUACAAAGGAGGAAUAUAUUCAGGAUCAUGUGGAAAAUUUAUUAACCAUGCGGUAACUAUAAUUGGUUACGGGGAAAGUGAAGGGCUGAAAUAUUGGUUGAUUAAGAAUUCAUGGGGUAAAGGAUGGGGUGAGAAUGGAUACAUGAGAAUACUAAGAGAAGGUGAUGGAACUACAGGUCAUUGUGAUCUCGCUACGUAUCCUGCUUACCCUGUUGUUUAGUACCUUUUACAAAUAAAUAUGAUUGUAAUAAAUAAGUUUCAUAUUUUGUCCCGACGAUUAUGAAAAAUAAAAUUAUAACACAUUGUUUUCUAAAA